AUGUUUGUAAUGGAUAAUACAAAUAAAUGUCCAUCAAUAUAUCAAGGUACUUUUUCGAAUCCAUUUUUUAUUGAACAACUUAUAUUAAUUAUCUAUUCAUUAAUAUUUACAAUUGGUUUUGUUGGUAAUAUAAUGACAAUUUUUAUUAUUAUUUAUAAUACACAUUUACGUACACCAACUAAUUAUUAUCUUCUAAAUUUAGCUGUUUCCGAUUUAAUGAUGUUAAUGUGUAAUUUACCAUUAGAAAUGCUUGAAAUAUAUAAUCGUGAAUGGCCAUUAUCAAUAAUAUUUUGUAAAUUAAGAAAUAUAUGUGCUGAAUUUUUUACUUGUUCAUCUAUAUUAACUAUUUUAGCAUUUACAUGUGAACGUUAUUUUGCUAUUGUACAUCCUGUACAUCUUCAUCAUUUAAGUCAUUUUCGUCGUGCACAAAAUAUAAUUAUUAUUAUUUUAUUAAUAUCAAUUGGAUUUAGUUUACCACUUGGUUUAUCUUAUGAAAUUGUAACAAAUAAUUUAUCAACAUAUGUUUAUAUAAAUAAUAAUACAAAAUUAAUUCAAACAAAUUCUUUAAUUAAAGAUCUAUCAUAUAGUUGUAAAUCAUGUAUACCAAAAAAAAGUCUUACAAAAAUUUUAUCAUUUAUUAUUAUAAUAACAUCAUUUUGUUUUUUUUAUUUUCCAAUGAUUAUUAUUGGAGCUAUUUAUUUAUUUAUUGGUAAAGCAUUACGUCAUGUUAAUAAAUAUGAAAUUUAUUCAAAUCAAAUUGAAAUUAGUAUAUCAUCAGUAUCAAAUAAUGGAAUAAAUUUAAAAAAAUCUAUUGAUAAUAAUUCAUGUCAUUCAGGUUUAUCAAAUAGAGAUGUACAAGAUAGACAACAACAACAAAGUCCACAUAUUAAUUCAUAUUCAUGGUUAAAAAUGCGUGCACGUUGUAAAGCUCGAAAAGUAGUUGUUAAAACUCUUGUGGCUGUUGUUAUUGCAUUUUUUGUUUGUUAUGCUCCAUUAUAUUUACAACGUUUACUUUUGGCUAUAAUAACAUUAUAUUCAAAUUUUAAUAUUGAAUUAUCAUUAUUUUCAAAUUUUAUGGCUUAUUUAUAUGUUAUAUCAGGUAUAACAUUUUAUUUUGGUUCAGUUAUUAAUCCAAUACUUUAUAAUGUUAUUUCAAAUAAAUAUCGACGUGCAUUUUGUGAUCUAUUUCAUUGUCGUUUAACAUAUAAAAGAAAAUCAAAUCAAAAACCAUUUCAAAUAAAUCGUUCAAAAAACCAACAACAACAACAACAACAUCAACCAAUGACUUAUUAUAAUCCAAAACAACAAGAUUUUCAAAAUAGAAGAUUAAAUCAAAAAAACUCUUCUAAUUAA